AUGGUUUGCGAGACGUUUCCCUCUCUGCUUGGCCAGCAGUUCGCCCUCGAUUUGGCCCACAGCAACAUCAAAACGACGCUCAUCCACGACGCUGCGGCCUUCACGGUGAUGCCUCGGUGCAACAAAGUGGUGAUCGGCUGCCACGCCGUGCUGGCCAACGGCGGCAUCCUGGUUCCGUCCGGCGGAUUCAACUUGGUCAUGGCCGCUGCGCAGUUCAAAGUCCCCGUGAUCGUCGUGACGGGGAUGUACAAGCUGUACCCGCAGUUCUGCGCGGAUCAGGCGACGAUCAACGACAUGGGGUCGCCCAACCGCGUCAUGCCGUACAGUCUGUGCGAUCGGGAGCUGCGGAGCGUGGAUGUGCUGAGCCCCGUGUACGACUACAUCCCUCCGGAGUAUAUCACGCUCAUUCUCACCACGAAGGGAGGCUAUGCCCCCUCGUACAUUUUCCGUUUGAUGCAGGAGUGCUACUCGAACGAUGACAUGAUCCAGCCGUUUAUUUAUAGCUUCAAUAAGAGAGAGUGCGUUGUUUGUUCAAAAAGAGUUUCACCAUUGUUAGCAUGUCGUUCAAUGGAGGUUUAG